AUGAAGUUCAACUUCAUGGUGAUUAACAGAGAAGAGGGCCGGCAAAUUUAUUAUCUGGACGAAACUUGGGUUAACGCCGGUGAUGUCACAAAUAAAGUUUGGAUAGAUAAAACAAUUAAAUCCAAGAAGGAUGCAUUUCUCCGAGGAUUGACAACGGGACCAGCUAAUCCAAGCGGAAAAGGCAAACGAUUAAUUGUUUUGCAUAUUGGCAGUGUUGCUGGUUUCGUUCCUGGCGGACUUCUAUGUUUUGAAUCGAAGAAACAUACGGGGGAUUAUCACGACGAAAUGAACGGUGACACAUUUCACGAAUGGUUUAAAAAUAUUUUACCAUCAUUAGAUGAUAAUGCUGUCAUGGACAAUGCUCCAUAUCAUUCUGUGAAAUUGGAAAAACUGCCGAAUACUUCUUGGAAUAAAGCCGAAAUAAUACAAUGGUUAGAAAAUAAAGGAAAUGAAAUAUCAGAAUCUAUGGUAAAGGUCGAACUCCUGCAAAUUGUUGCACAACAAAAAAAUAAAUUCGAUAAAUAUGUUGUAGACGAAAUGGCAAAAGAAGACAACAAAACGAUUCUCAGAUUACCUCCGUAUCAUUGCGAACUUAAUCCGAUUGAAAUGGUAUGGUCAAUGGUUAAGGGAUAUGUUAAGAGUAAUAAUAAUACUUUUAAAAUUCAGGACGUCAAAUUAUUACUUGAACAAGGUGUUGAUCGGGUAACAGCUGAACAUUGGACUAAUUUUAUUAAACACGUUACAAAUGAAGAGAAAAAGAUGUGGGAGAUCGACCAUAUAACCGAUAAAAUGAUUGACGGGAUAUCUCCAUUAAUAAUUAAUGUCACAGGCAAAACAGAUUCAGAAACCUCUGAUAGCGAUUAUUAA